AUGCGUCGCUACGUUUCCCGGGGGACGCCUGAAGGAACGUACCAGUUUGGUGCAUCCCAGAAAAAGGUCCCUCCCCCUUUCUCCUCCGGCUCGGGGAAGCGGCUCGACUUGAGAGGCCAUGAGUCGGUGUUGGACAUCAGCAAGCCUGUUGCUUCAGUGCCGGAGGAUCCACACAGUAGCACCAUGUCUGAAGAACAAAACCGGAGCAGAGCACCGUUGGCUGGAGCGGCAUUUCAAUGACCCGUAUGUGAAGAAAUCCAAAAAGCAGAACUAUCGGUGCCGGAGUGCCUUCAAACUCCUGGAAAUUGACGAGAAACACAGCAUCCUUCAUCCUGGGCUGCAUGCGAUAGACUGUGGCACAGCGCCUGGUGCUUGGGCACAGGUUGUGGUAGAGAAAGUCAAUGCUACAGGUGCUGACCCAGCUGCCCCAGUUGGUUUUGUGCUCGGAGUUGACCUUCUGCAGAUUUCCCCUCUGGAAGGAGCAGUCUUCUUGCCUCAUGCCAACAUCGCAGAUCCAGACACCCAAAAGAGAAUCCAGGAGCUGCUGCCGAAAGGGAAGGUGGACAUUAUCCUGAGCGACAUGGCGCCCAACGCAACGGGAAUCCGGGAACUAGAUCAUCAGAAGCUGAUCAGCCUCUGCUUUGCCCUCUUGGAUCUGGCCCCUCACAUUUUGCAUCCUGGAGGGACCAUGCUCUGUAAGUUCUGGGAUGGUAAGGACAGCCAUCUCCUGCAGAAGAAACUGAAGCAGGACUUCAGGGAAGUGAGAACCAUCAAACCCCAAGCCUGUCGGAAGGAAUCUGCCGAGGUAUAUUACCUGGCAAGAUCUUAUAAAACCAAACAUACCACAUGAGCAGGACCAGCACCUUUUGGCUGUGCUUUGUAUGGGUCAGUUGCAGAACAUUUGAUUAACGCUACAGAGAGAUUUCAGUGGACUUGAGCCUGUUUAACUACCCAGGGCAAAUUGGAGAUUUUCUGGAAACUGGAAUGUUCAGAAGUGACAGAAUCAAUGAGCCUAAUUGUGGAAGAAGCACAAGGAGUGACUUUGAAGAAGCAAGGGGCACUAUUUAUUGGCAGUUGCGAUAGAGAUAGAAAUUGUCCAGAAAUGUCUGUUUGGUUUUAUCAUUUGAACCACUGGCCACAACAAUCUACAGUGUCGCACGAAAUGCUGGCUACUCACCAGACAAUCACUUAUAUACAUCCAGGAUAUAAAUAGAGAGAUAUGAAUCAACUUUACUCCACUGGAAACAACCUAUUGACUUUAUUUUUUAAAACUUGGCAAAUAUUGUUUGUACAAAGUGUAGUGUGUAUGUGCACGCAAAAUAGGACAUUGACCUAUGCAGUUGUGUAGCUUGUGCCAUUCAAAACAAUAAUUAAAAAACAAUUGCCCAUGCUGA